AAAACGUAUGAACACAAAAUAUAAAAGAGACAGUUGAUUUGCCACUUUCCCUCUCAAAAACAGUGGCGCUUCUCUCUCUUAGGGUUUUUCAAAUUUCCAAAAACUAAUAUUUUUGUUGAAUCGAAUUGUUCGUAAAGGAAAGAAAAUGAAUCUGAGUGAAGGGGCAAUAGCGAAGAUAACAAACGGAGGAGCAUCGUCGGCAGAACUGAAGCCAACGCUGCAAGUGACGGACCUGAAACAAGUGCAGACCAAACAGCCGCAGCAAAAUGACCGGUUUCGGCUGAUUUUAUCAGAUGGGUCUCAGUCGCAACAAGCAAUGCUGGGUACCCAGAUUAACCAUUUGGUUAAAGAUGGAAACUUGAGGCCUGGUUCUAUUGUUCAGUUGAUUCAGUAUACUUGUACCACUGUUCAAGGCCGCAUGAUUAUUAUUAUUUUGGAAUUGGUUGUGGUAGCUGUUGAGUGUGCUAUCAUUCGCAACCCAGGAAAUUCUUUGGGGCCUUCACAAACCUCGACUGAUCAACCACUUAGAAACACAGCAAAUCCUCAAUCAUUUGGUAGCGGUUCACCAGCCAGAGGGAUGGUUGAAAACCCAAAUGUGAAUGGAUCGUCUUUUCAAAACGCUAGAAUGAAUCAGUUACAUGGCAGUCCUCAUGCCAACAAUUAUGAUUCAGGAAGAUAUGGUGCAGCAAAUGCACCUCCAUCUCACCUGAAAGCAGAACUUGGCUCUGGGCUCCCUGGAUCAGCUUCAAUAAACAGGUCAUACAGUGAUCAGAGUGCAGGCUUUCGCAAUCCUAGACCAGAAAUUCCACAGACUGCCAGUACUUAUUCUUAUUCCCCUCGGCCAGCAUAUCAACAACCACCCCCAAUGUAUUCUAAUAGAGGACCAGUGGCUAAAAAUGGAGCUCCCCCAAGGUUAAUGCCAAUUUCUGCCCUCAAUCCUUACCAGGGCAAGUGGACAAUUAAGGCAAGAGUCACAGCAAAGGGAGAACUGAGGCACUACAAUAAUAGUCGCGGUGAUGGGAAGUUGUUUUCUUUUGAUCUUCUUGAUUCUGACGGUGGAGAAAUUAGAGUUACCUGCUUUAAUGCUGUGGUUGACCAAUUUUACAACCAUAUAGAAGCAGGUAAAAUUUAUUUAAUUUCCAACGGAAGUUUGAAACCUGCUCAGAAGACUUUCAACCAUCUUCACAAUGAUCUAGAAAUCUAUCUGGAUAGCAACUCGGUCGUUCAACCUUGUUUUGAGGACGACAACUCAAUUCCAAGGCAACAAUUUCAUUUCCGAAGCAUUACUGAAAUUGAGGCCACGGAUAAUAACAGUGUUGUGGAUGUAAUUGGUGUGGUAUCUUCUAUUACUCCUGUGGCUUCAUUAAUGAGGAAAAAUGGUAUUGAAACUCAGAAGAGAUCCCUCCAGUUGAAAGACAAGUCAGGUCGUAGUGUUGAAUUAACACUGUGGGGAAAUUUUUGCAACGCAGAAGGGCAAAGGUUGCAGAGUAUGUGUGAUUCUGGUGGAUUUCCUGUUCUAGCUGUUAAAUCGGCUAGAGUCAGCGAGUUCAACGGGAAGACAGUUGGGACUAUUUCUUCAAGUCAGUUAGUAAUAGAGCCUGAUUUCGCAGAGGCUCAAGCGCUGAAGGAAUGGUUUGAAAAGGAAGGGAAGAACACUCCUUCUGUCUCGAUCUCAAGAGAAUGGUCGAGUGUGGGUAGGUCAGAUGUUCACAAAACUAUUUCACAAAUUAAGGAGGAGAAGCUAGGGACUUCCGAGAAACCAGAUUGGAUCACUCUUAAUGCAACAGUGAUUUUUGUAAAGGCUGACAAUUUCUGCUAUACAGCUUGCCCCAUCAUGGCUGGGGAUCGACCUUGCAGCAAGAAAGUUACAAAUAAUGGAGAUGGGAAAUGGCGGUGUGAGAAGUGUGAUCAGACUAUGGAUGAAUGCGAUUACAGAUACAUACUUCAGUUCCAAAUACAGGAUCAUACUGGUCUUACAUGGGUCACUGCAUUUCAAGAAUGUGGUGAGGAGAUUAUGGGCAUAUCUGCAAAAGAUCUGCACCUUAUGAAAUAUGAGAAUCAAGAUGAUGAGAGUUUCUCUAAAGUUCUUCGUCAAGUUUUGUUUAGUAGAUUUGUUCUCAAGUUGAAAGUAAAGGAGGAGACUUUCAGUGACGAACAGCGUGUAAAGUCCACUGUUAUCAGAGCUGAAAAGGUGAGCCAUUCAUCCCAAUCUAGGUUUUUCCUUGAGAUGAUGGAAAAGCUUAAAUCAGGAAACUCCACACCUUUUGCAUCGGCUGCUGAACCUACCUAUCCUAACUCUGUUGCAAGCACUGGAAUUGAAAGUCUCGGAGACAGAUCAGGUGGACCGCUAGGAUCUAAUCAAGUGGUGAACAACAGAGAAUUUGCAAAUCAAGCGGGUCAGUAUGGUAACCAGUUUGCCGCUGCAUACUCUACUCCUAGUGUUUCUUGUGUCAGCUGUGGCUCUACUAGUCAUAGCUCUGCAAAUUGCAUCAGUGCCAUGAACUCUUCAAGGCAGGCAGCGGGUGCCAACAGACCAUCGUCUUUUGGUGGCAGUGGUGGCGCUGGAGGUGAAUGCUUCAAAUGCCAUCAAGUUGGGCAUUGGGCGAGGGACUGCCCCGGUAUAAACACUGUUCCUCAAGCUUAUGGUAGCACCGGGAUUUCUUCUGGGAGAUAUGGAGGUAUGAGGUAAAUUGCCUGGGGACGACGUCUGGAAGAAUAAGGCAGUAAGAAUUUUGUACAUGUUGCCCGCUUUGUGAGAAUUCAUAAAAAUCGGGCAGAGCGAUAAAUUUUGUGUUCCUUGUACAGCGAAGGUCGUCUUUUGUUGCAAAAGGUGGUAUCCUUAUAAUUCAUUUGGAGCUAGUUUUCCUUCUACAAACAGAUGGUGGUUUUACUGUAUUAUUAUUGUGUUUUGCUUCUGCUUUGUGUAAAUUGUUGAACUUUCGUUUUGCCUCAAUAUUUAUGCCUUCCGGUUUUUCUUUUUUGUUCAUAA